GCUGUCAAAAAACGGAAAGGACUACCGGAUUUCCAAGCCAGGUAGCCGACAAAAUAACAACAGAAGAUCAUUGUUGUCUGUAUGAACACCCUAAGGAGCCCCAUUUAAAGAGAGGAAUUUCUGUGUAUGCCAGCUGACCAGCGCACUGAUCAGCAAAAUGAGCAGCGCAGGAACGGUGGAGAGUAGUAGGCCUCCAAAGAUUGGCUCUACAGUGGAGGUGACGGGGAAGGGUCAGCGUGGUACCGUUGCUUAUAUCGGAGCCACCCUCUUUGCCUCUGGGAAAUGGGUGGGUGUCAUCCUGGAUGAGGCCAAAGGCAAGAAUGAUGGCACUGUGCAGGGGAAACGCUACUUCACCUGUGAGGAAAACCACGGGAUAUUUGUCAGACAGUCCCAGCUCCAGGUGGUGGAUGACGGCUCUGGUGCCACCUCACCAGAGACUCCUGAAUCAGGCAUUGCAAGGACACUGAGACAGAAAGACAUUCCCGAGACUCCCAGAUCCAAGCAGACACCUGUGAACAUUAAGAAGUCCUCUACCCGACGCUCUGCCAAGUGGAGCACUCCAGGCCGCCUAACCCCCGCCACCUCCCUCCCCUCCCUCUUGAUCCGUCCCUCCGUCCGCUCCAACCUGCUGCCGCUCAUGGCGUCUCGUGAGAGCCUGUCCACCUCUCUGUCUGGAGAUGUCAGUGAGGCGGCCCACCCCUCCCAUCCGGCCGCCCUGGGGGCUCCUGUCAUGCCUCAGCCCAGCGGGUCACCUGCAGCAUCAGCAGCUGCGGUUCCAGCUACUCCAAGCAAGGUGGAACCUGUCAUUUCCAAGCAGGAGGAGGAAUCAAUGCGUGCUCAGGUCAAGGACCUGGAGGAGAAGCUGGAAACCCUGAAGAUGAAGCGGACGGAGGACAAAGCCAAGCUGAAGGAGCUCGAGAAACACAAGAUCCAGCUGGAGCAGCUUCAGGAGUGGAAGAACAAGAUGCAGGAGCAGCAGGCUGACCUGCAGAAACAGCUCAAAGAAGCUAAGAAGGAUGCCCGGGAGGCACAGGAGUCCAAGGACCACUACAUGGAGGAGAUGUCAGACACGGCUGACGCCAUAGAGAUGGCAACACUGGACAAAGAGAUGGCUGAAGAGCGGUCAGAGUCGCUGCAAGUGGAGGUGGACACGCUGAAGGAAAAGGUGGAGGAGCUCUCCAUGGACCUGGAGAUCCUUAGACAUGAGAUUUCAGAGAAAGGGUCAGAUGGAGCUGCCUCAAGUUACCAUGUCAAACAGCUGGAGGAGCAGAAUAGCAGACUGAAGGAGGCAUUGGUUCGGAUGCGGGACCUGUCUACUUCAGAGAAGCAGGAGCAUUUGAAGCUGCAGAAGCAGAUGGAGAAGAAGAACACUGAGCUGGAAACCCUGAGGACUCACAAGGAGAAGCUUCAGGAAGAUGUGAAGCAGGCGGAGGCCACAGUCGACGAACUGAAGGAGCAGGUGGAUGCUGCUCUGGGGUCAGAGGAGAUGGUGGAGACCCUGACGGAGAGGAACCUCGACCUGGAGGAGAAAGUCAGAGAGAUGAGAGAAACCGUCAUUGAUUUGGAGGCCAUCAACGAGAUGAACGAUGAGCUCCAGGAGAACGGCCGGGAGACGGAAAUGGAGCUGAGGGAGCAUGUGGAUCUGAGCGGAGCGAAGGUCAGAGAGGCUGAAAAAAAGGUGGAGGCUGCCCAGGAGACUGUAGCUGAUUACCAGCAGACCAUCAACAAAUACCGAGAUCUGACCACCAGCCUACAGGAUGCCAACAGAGAGCUGAUCAGCCAGCAGAAUGCAAAUGCUGAACAAGUUCAACAACCGCCUGCUGAACUGUUUGACUUCAAGAUUAAGUUUGCAGAGACCAAGGCCUAUGCUAAGGCCAUUGAGAUGGAGCUGAGGAAAAUGGAGGUGGCUCAGUCGAACAGACAGGUGUCCCUCCUCACCUCCUUCAUGCCAGACUCCUUCCUCCGUCAUGGGGGAGAUCACGACUGUAUUCUGGUCCUUCUGCUCAUCCCCCGGCUCAUCUGCAAGGCUGAGCUGAUCAGUAAACAGGCCCAGGAGAAGUUUGACCUGAACGGGAACUUGCCCCAGGGCCAGGGGCUCCGGGGGCCUCCAGGAGAUCAGCGCAGCUUUGCCUCAGGACUGGUCUACUCCCUCAGCCUGCUGCAGGCCACUCUGCAUAAAUAUGAACAGGCUCUGAAUACCUGCAGCGUGGAGGUCUUUAAGCGCAUGGGUACACUCUACUCUGAAAUGAGCUUCCAUGAGCGCUCUCUGGACUAUUUCAUCGACCUGCUGCAUAAAGAUCAGCUGGAUGAGACCGUUCAGGUGGAACCUCUCACCAAGGCCAUCAAGUACUACCAGCAACUGUACAGCGUCCAUCUGGCAGAUCACACUGAAGACUGCACAGUGCAGCUGGCUGACCACAUUAAGUUUACCCAGAGUGUCCUGGACUGCAUGGGGGUGGAGGUGGCUCGUCUGCGGGUGUUCCUGACUGCAGGUCAGGAGGGCUCCAACUUCGCUGUCCUUCUGAAGGACCUGGACACUUCCUGCUCUGAUAUCAAACAGUUCUGCAAGAAGAUCCGCCGUCGCAUGCCCGGGACAGAUGUUGUUGGAGUACCUGUUGCUCUCAAUUUUGGACCACAGGUGUCGGAGUUGCUGACGGAGUGCAGGCGCCAGCACACCCGUGUGGUGGCUGUGCUGCAGGAGGUGGCUGCAGCUGGAGCUCAGAUGGUGGCUCAGGUGGCAGAACAGGAGGGGCUCAACGCUCUCAAACUGGAGGAUAUCGCCUGCAAGGCUCUGGAGCAGGUGUAUGGCUCUCAUGGCCUGAACGGCACAGAGUGUCUGCGUCAGUCCUGCAGCGCCGUCAUCACCUCCAUGAACAAGAUGGCUACGGCCAUGCAGGAGGGAGAGUACGAUGCUGACAAACCACAGGGCCAGACCCUUCCAGUGGAAGCAAGAGCAGCCACUGUCAGGGCUGAGAUGACUGACGCUGAAGGUCUAGGAGUGAAACUAGAAGACAGAGAGACGGUCAUCAAGGAAGUCAAGAAGUCCCUCAAGAUCAAGGGUGAGGAGCUGAGUGAGGCAAGUGUCCGUCUGAGCCUGCUGGAGAAGAAGCUGGAUACCUCCACUAAAGACGCAGAUGAACGGGUGGAGAAGAUUCAGACCAAACUGGACGAGAACCUUGCCCUGCUGAAGAAGAAAGAAAAGGAGUUUGAGGAAACCAUGGAUGCCCUGCAGGCUGACAUCGACCAGCUGGAAGCGGAGAAGGCAGAGCUGAAGCAACGUAUUACCAGCCAAUCGAAGAUGACCAUCGAAGGCCUGAGAGCCCCAGCUGCCUCUGGAAUUGCCAACAUUGUUCAGGGAUCUGCAGGAGGUCUGCCUCCAGCCAUGGCAGGAUCGGUGCAGGUGGUGGACUCUCCUCUGCUCCGGCAGCAGGUGGAAGCUCAGAGAUUGGGAAUCAAGCACCUCAAGAAUGAAAACAACAGACUCAAGGCGGAGAAGAUGAGAGCCCAGCUGGCCUCCCUGCCUCCCCUCUGCCCUCCCAAACUACCACAAGCUUCCAAAGAUAGCUCCAUGCCACCAGAGGGACUGAACACAGGCAUCUACCGCAGGACCGACCAACUGCUGGCAACCCUUCUGAAGCUGAGUUCAGAGGUGAAGGUGGUGGACAUCACCGGGAAGACAGCAGUGAGUGCCGGCGCCCAGAUGAUAGAGCAGACGGCUCGACUGCAGAACCUCAGUAACGCUCUGGACAAACUCAAGGGAGAAGUAGCUGAACAUGUCAUCUCCCAUAACCCUGGAGCUAAGGCUUCCUCCGACUUUGCCACCUUCCCCGUCUCCUCCUUUGUGAAGGCCAAGGAAGAGAAGCAGGGGGGAACAGUGUUUGUAGGGCGUGUUGCCAUCCCAUGCACCCGCGGACAGGAACAAGUGCACCGCCUCGUCCUGUCCCAGCAGCAGCUGCACAAAGUGCACCGCCUCCUCAUGGCCUAACACAACGUGCCACUGGCCCACAGCACAUCGAAAAAGUGCUUUUCUUCUUUUUCCUCAUUCCAACUUUCACUUUACUUCAACAUUCACCUAUUUAUCCCCUUUUGUUUUUCUUGAUUCUCAGGAAAUUAUUUCUAAUGUUAAGACUUUAGCACUAAUAAAAUUGAGGCACGGCAGUGACUUUAAAGUGACGUAAAACUGAUGUUUAUGUUUUGAAUGGAUUCGACUUCUGAAUGUCACACAAUGAAGGAGUCAUGUUUUCAAUUCAAGUUUUUAUGCAUGUUUCACUAACUUAGUGGGAAAGGCUGGCAACGUCAUUUUUACUGUACUUGCCGCCAUUGAUAGUUUCCCCAUUGUAUUUGUAUUCAUUCAGACAAUAAAAGCAAGCAAUUCACUUCA